UCAGGGGACGGGAUUUUCAACGUUAAUAUUCGUUGACUACAAUUUAUCCUCUUAAUUAUUCUUCUCUCAAUCAAAUACGCCUUCCCCAGCUAAUUGACAGGCGAGCGAAACCCACCACCAGAUUGCAGCUCAUCGGCCACCACCGCCGCCGCCGCCGAUCGUGCUGCGUAUUCUCUCCAUAUUCUGCUAAUGUCGCGAUUUCUAUACAGCCGCCGGGUACAAGUCGAAGCGGCCGAACCCCCAGCUCCCCGGUACGAUUCCGUCGACGAUGAAACCCUAAACGGCGACGACGGUGGCGCUGACGGAAGCGACAACUUGAAACUGAAGCCGUCUGAAAGCAAUGUGACGGAGGAUCUGGAACCGUUUAUGGGGGUCAAAGUUCGCAGGAAAGCCUCUCGCAUUCGGGAUUAUGUCGGCGAUUACCUCGAUGUUCAAACCAGGCCUUAUCUUAUGAAAAUUCUCGAGAAACAAGGUGAUAGAAAAGUUCUCUUUGCGGAUAAAGUUCUAAAGUUCACUGGAUCAGGGAAGAUGAAACGGAGAAUACUUUUGAUUACUGAUUGUGCUAUCUACAUUGUGGACCCAGAUAUUGAUGCACUCAAAAGAAGGAUAGCCCUAGCCGCUGUUGAGAAACUUUGUUUAAGUGAACUAAGUGACAAUUUCUUUGCCAUUAUCAUUCCCACAGAAUACGAUUUACUCAUGGCUAGUACACGAAAGACGGAAAUUGUGACUGUGUUGGUAGAUGCCACCAAAAAUGCAUCUGAUUACGAACUUGAGGUUUCCCUAUCUAACAGGUUUGAGUAUAAUCCAUCCGCAGAGAUGGUGAAGGAAGUUCAAUUUGAGGACACGGAAGGUGCUGUAAGAACAAGAAUUGUGCAGAAAUGAGUUGCCCAGUUGGUUUGGCCAUCCUGUACUUGCUGUUGUAGGGGUAUGUUCAUUGCUACAGAAGUGUGUGCUAAGGUCACAUAAAUUGGCAUUUUUCAUGCUGUAAAGGUGUUUUCGAUCGUAAUGUUUCAUCUGCUUUCUGGUGUAGUAGGGAAUUCCGUAUAUGCAUUUAAGUAUAUAUUAGAUCAAUACAUAACGAAUCUUCACAUUGAUUUAUUAUUCUUUGUACCCCAAGUAAUAUGAGUAUUUCUUGAUUGUUUCCCUCUCUACUCAGGUGUGAAAUAUUUUCUUUCGUUUUGUUUAAAUGGAUAUGUUUUGAUAUGCACUUAUACUCUAUUCAAUGUAAUUCAGUGUUGCCGGCUUGUUUUAUAUACA